UCGCCCAGCGCGGCCCGGCGGCCCCUCCUGGCGGAAGCGGAAGCGGCUCGGCUGGGCUCGGCAGCAUCGCCGCUGCGGAGCGCCAAACAUGCAACAUGGCAGCAGCCAUGGAAACUGAACAGCCGGGCCUUGAAAUCUUUGAAACUGCGGGCUGCGAGGAGCAGGUCCAGAGAGAGGAGCAGCCAAAACUGGAACCUUUCUAUGUAGAGAGACAUUCAUGGAGCCAGCUUCGAAAACUGCUCACAGAUACGCGAAAGUAUCAUGGAUACAUGAUGGCAAAAGCCCCGCAUGACUUCACGUUUGUGAAGAAAAAUGAUCCUGAAGGACCUCAUUCCGAUAGGAUCUACUAUCUGGCAAUGUCUGGCGAGAACAGGGAGAAUACGCUCUUCUACUCUGAAAUUCCCAAAACUAUAAACAAAGCUGCUGUCCUGUUGCUUUCCUGGAAACCUCUUUUGGAUCUUUUUCCGGCCAUCCUGGACUAUGGGAUGUACUCUCGUGAAGAGGAGUUGCUACGGGAGAGGAAGCGAAUUGGCACCAUUGGGAUUGCCUCUUACGAUUACCACCGAGAAAGUGGCACCUUUCUGUUUCAGGCGGGGAGUGGAAUUUAUCAUGUAAAAGACGGAGGCCCUCAUGGAUUCACUCAACAGCCUUUAAGACCUAUUCUGGUAGAGACCAGUUGUCCAAAUAUCCGGAUGGAUCCCAAGCUUUGUCCAGCUGAUCCAAAUUGGAUUGCAUUUAUCCAUAGCAAUGACAUCUGGAUAUCUAAUAUAGAAACCAGAGAAGAAAGGAGGCUAACAUUUGUGCACAAUGAACUGGCCAAUGUUGAAGAGGAUCCAAAAUCUGCUGGCGUGGCUACUUUUGUGCUGCAGGAGGAGUUUGACAGAUACACUGGCUACUGGUGGAGCCCAAAGGCACAGCCAACACUGGAUGGAGGUAAAGUUCUUCGAAUUCUUUAUGAAGAAAAUGAUGAGUCAGAGGUGGAAAUUAUUCAUGUCACAUCACCUAUGCUGGAGACAAGAAGAACAGAUUCCUUCCGGUACCCCCAAAACGGUACAGCAAAUCCAAAGGUCACUUUCAAGAUAUCUGAAGUGACAAUCAAUGCGGAAGGCAGAAUUGCAGAUGUUGUGGAUAAAGAGCUAGUUCAGCCGUUCGAGAUCCUCUUUGAAGGAGUAGAGUACAUUGCUAGAGCUGGGUGGACGCCAGAAGGAAAAUACAUCUGGUCCAUCUUACUGGAUCGCUCCCAAACUCGACUUCAGAUAGUCUUGAUCCCUCCUGCAUUAUUCAUCCCCACAGAAGAUGAUGCAAUGGAAAGACAGAAACUUAUCGAUGCUGUACCAGAUUCGAUUACACCUUUCAUUAUUUAUGAAGAAACAACGGACAUCUGGAUAAAUAUCCAUGAUAUCUUUUAUGUUUUCCCUCAAACCCAUGAAGAUGAGAUAGAGUUCAUUUUUGCCUCUGAGUGUAAAACGGGUUUCCGGCACCUAUACAAAGUCAUCUCGGUUUUGAAGGAGAGCAAGUAUAAACGGUCGUGUGGAGGCCUCCCUGCUCCAAGUGACUUCAAGUGCCUCAUCAAAGAGGAGACAGUGAUUACCAGUGGGGAAUGGGAAGUGCUUGGCAGACAUGGAUCCAAUAUCUAUGUUGAUGAAGCCAAAAAACUGGUGUACUUCCAAGGCACAAAAGACUCACCUUUAGAGCAUCACUUGUACGUUGUUAACUACGAGAAUCCUGGAGAAGUAAAGCGGCUGACAGAACGUGGUUACUCUCAUGCCUGCUGUGUCAGCCAGGAUUGUGACAUGUUCAUCAGCAAGUUCAGUAAUCAGAAGAACCCACACUGUGUGUCGCUAUACCGGCUGACAGGACCUGAAGAUGAUGCAGCACACAGGACAAAGGAAUUCUGGGCUACCAUUUUAGAUUCAGCAGGCCCUCUUCCUGAUUACAUUCCCCCAGAAGUGUUCUCCUUCGAGAGCUCCACGGGGUUUACGCUCUAUGGGAUGAUGUACAAACCUCACAAUCUGCAGCCUGGAAAGAAGUAUCCCACUGUGCUCUUCAUCUAUGGAGGUCCUCAGGUACAGCUAGUGAACAAUCGGUUUAAAGGCAUCAAGUAUUUCCGUCUGAAUACUUUGGCCUCUUUGGGCUACGUUGUUGUUGUCAUUGACAACAGGGGGUCCUGCCACCGAGGGCUGAAGUUUGAAGGAGCCUUUAAAUACAAAAUGGGACAGAUAGAAAUUGAUGACCAAGUGGAAGGGCUGCAGUAUCUAGCAUCGCAGUAUGACUUCAUUGAUUUGGAUCGCGUUGGCAUUCAUGGCUGGUCCUAUGGAGGCUACCUCUCUCUUAUGGCUUUAAUGCAGAGGUCAGAUAUCUUCAGGGUUGCCAUUGCUGGAGCACCUGUCACGCUGUGGAUUUUCUAUGACACUGGUUACACGGAGCGCUACAUGGGCCACCCGGAUCACAAUGAGCAGGGGUAUUACCUAGGGUCAGUGGCCAUGCAAGCUGAGAAGUUUCCUUCUGAACCAAAUCGUUUGCUGCUGCUACAUGGAUUCUUGGAUGAGAAUGUUCACUUUGCACACACUAGUAUUUUACUCAGCUUUUUAGUGAGAGCUGGGAAACCGUAUGACUUACAGAUCUACCCUCAGGAGAGACACAGUAUAAGGGUACCUGAGUCGGGAGAGCACUAUGAACUCCAUCUACUGUAUUACCUGCAAGAGAACCUGGGCUCUCGUAUUGCUGCCCUGAAGGCAAUGUAACUGACCUCUGCAGAACUCUGCUCCACUGGCUGCUUUACUGAACGAGAAGAUAUAGCAAACUAGAGAAAAUAGCGUGGAACAUUGCAUUCUGGUGCCUGCCACAUGUACACACACGUACACACACACAGAGACACUUUUUUAAAAGUAAAUUUGGUGCCAUACAGGAGAUCAAAAUACAGUGAUGUAAUAAUUUAAAGCUUAAGAUGCAAAUAAAAUCAAAUGCCUGUGGUAUGAUGCAGUACCAUGGGUAUUCUCUUGGGAGAGGAGCUGAAACUGAAAAUAACGUACUUCUACAGCACCAGAUCUUCACUUUUUAAAAGCAUUAUGACAUAAUUGAUGUAUUUUUACAGUGUGUUCCUUGGUAUCUUACUACAUAAUACUGGAUGAUUUACUCACUACACAGCAAGAGUUUACCUGAAUGGUUACAACUUGUAUUACAUUUUAAAUGCUAUCAUACAGCUUUUGUGCUUCAUGAAAGGGAUGUGUCUUACUCCUUAGAAGCUGGUCACAAGUUAGACACAUCACCUACAUAGACGUUAAUUCUUUUUUAAGAAGAAAGACUUUUAAACUGCCUCCUAAAGAAUUUAAAUUUUGGAUUCAGUUUGGUUGAUGACAGGUUCUUUUUGAUGAUUUCUUCUCUCCCCAGGAUAAUUCAUACAUUUUAUUUUUUUUUUUUACCCUAGCAGCUUGAGAUCCUAUCCAGAUUAUACUUGAUUUCAGUGAAGAAGUGAAAUGAUAUUUUAUUGUGAUAACGGGCAUAACAGUCUUUAAUUCUGAAAUGCAAACUAACAAGUCACAGAGCUGAAACUCUGUAAAUUUUAAAAUAAGCCUAAAAGUGCAGCCCAUUUCUCAUUGACGUUUUCCCCUGAUGUUCAUUCUGGAGCUGGUUUUGCAAUACUGUUUUCUUACCGUCACAUCAGCAUGAUACAGGUAUAUGCAUCCUGUUACAACUGUAAAAUUCAAUGCUGUAAUUCAAAGGUCUACAGAAGAUUUGGUGAGGAGGGACCUCGCGAACACUCUUAUGUGAGGCAAUAUGAAUUGUUUCAUUGAAUUUCCUGCUUAAUUUGAGGGACUAUUUCCCAGGCUCAUACUCUGUUCAGUCCUCCAUUCCUGGGUCCUUUCUAGCACUGCUGUGUAGCAUGAUUAUGAUGCUGUAUUUGAGAACCCCCCCCUUCUGUAGAGCUUUAGGUAACCCUGCUAAGCCUAAAGGAUAUGCAAUCCCAGUUGUGUUUUUGCUAGUGAGGUUUUAACUAAGCAGCAGGCUUGGCUAAAAAGCAUCAUAAGUGUGUGGAGUAACUUUUAACUUGCAACAGGUCAUUUAGGAUAGAAAUCCAUAGCAAAAUGAUUCUCUUUUAAUCCAGGAAAUUCUCCCCUUGGGGCUUGCCUCUAAGACUCCUAUAAGUUUUAAUGUUUUUCUUAGAAACCUAAGAACUUCCUUUUUCUUUUUUUCCCCCCCCCCCCCCCUGUUUUGCUGCUAGAGAGAAGCAGAGCAUGAUUUUCUUUUCAUCUUCUAAAAAUCUGGAAUCACUCUCAGUGUUUAUGCUUUUAGUACUCCACAUGUUGUAACCUUGCAUUUUCCUUGCUUUUGUACUGUUCAGCUUGAUCCUGAAACUCCGGGAUUUAACACAAUCUGGCUGUGUUGUAUCAAACAGCAUCAGUUGUCAGAUAGGCUGCUGGGCAUGUGCACCAAAGCUAUCGGAGCUGGUGCAGUUACACGCUUGUAAAAUCUGUGUGUAAGAACGGGAUCUGGUUUUUGGCUUACACAAAAGAUAGCCAAAGCAGACGGGCAUGCAGUAAAUGCAGAUUUCCCCCCAGGUGGGAAUGUUUGGUUUGGACUGGUUUUCUGGUUUUCAGAUCACAGUGAUUAUAACUGGAUGAGUUAAAACACCAUUAACAGGUCAGUAACAGGCUUACAGUUUUAUUUUGGGAAGGGCAUGGCAGGGAAGGAGCCCAGCUCCUAUAACAUCUUCUCUUAGUAGUUAAUUAUGACUGAAGCGAAUGCAGCGUCCCUACGGAGUGUGCUAUAGUCAGUAUUAAGACACAAACACAUGUGCUGAUGUAUUUCAACUAGAACAACACAACAGUGAGUAGAGGCAAGUAUAAGCUGUUACUAUGGAACUCCAUUGUCUCUUACGUGUUUAUGCUGUAUUAUAUAUACAUAUAUCUAUAUCUGUUCAUAUAUACAUAUAUGUAUAAAAUUACACGUGGAUAGUAUCACCUUUUCCAAGGUUGUUUAUAUUUUGUUCAAUAUUAAAUUAACUUGCUUUUA